CCAAGGUUCACACUCGGCGUUCUCUCGAACAACCACCCAGCACUGGACCGGAACCCCAGUCACUCGUGCCUAGGCUUAGAAUCGCCGUUAUCCUACGUCCCAGUUUCCAGAUCUCGUACGACUCCCCAAACUUCACCUCCGACUGGAGUCGUACUACUCCUGGAGCCCCUCUACCGGAAAAUUGAACGUGGGCGCGAAAUCGGUCAAGAACAACGACACGAAGCUGGACAUACAGUAUUAACGCCAAAGAGGGCGCAUAGGAUCUGCCGCCAUGGCGUCCCAGGCUGCACUCAUCUCAGAGACUAUUGCUGGCAUGAAAAAGGCCGUCAAAAGAAAAGCCUACGACUCGGAUUCCGACAGUUCUAUAGAACAGCUCACAAAUCGAGGCAAUAAAUUAAGGAAGAAGGCAAGAUAUAUUCACGAGGGUCAAUUGGCACCUCCGAGCGGACCUCAGGUUUACAAAAGAAAAAUUGAGCACGCAGGUUUUCAUAGAGAGAUUAUAAGUCGAAAUCCCCCACUCGUCGACGAAGAUGGCUACGAUGUUGACAGCGACGAUGACGAUGAAAGAGCCCAAGCUGCGAUAGCUGCGGCGGCCGAGUUCGACCCAUACGCAGACGUCAGAAUUGAACAUCUCUUGGCACCAUUAACAACAGCUUCUGAUCUCCCUGACCACCCAACCUUAUCGAAACCUUUCACCUCCAAGACCCUCACAGAACUUACCCGACAUGCUGGCGAGAUGGUACAGAAAGAGAAAGAGUCUCUGUGGCGAAUUAAACACCUAUUGACGAGGCUGACGGGAGAUAAUACCUGGAUACCGUGUGAGAGCGUCGAGACCGAGAAUGACUUCAAUCUUUUCAUCGAUGAAAGGGACAGAAACGCAGGAAAUAUUCUCGAGAAAGUUAUAUCUAGGGACGAGGGAGAUCAAGUCUCGACAGGAACACUGGCCUCGGAGGAAGUAGAGCAGCCUGGCAGGUUACUGACAAUGGAAGCUCAUUCUGAGAAGGCUGGUCAAAGCAAUGGAAAUCAUCAGGUCGCCGAAAAGCCUCCUGCUGAUGAGGAUGUGGUCAUGAUCUUGUCUGCAGACUCAACCGGUGUUGUGGAGAAGCGGCAAGCAGAAGAGUUAGUAGAAGCAUUGAAGUCGAAAGGGAAAGAAGUCCUGCGGGAGCCUGUUCCCGGAAGCAUAGCAGGAGAGCCUCCAGCCGAGGGCUCAAUGGAGGUGGACAGGGCUCAAAAGACAGCGCCGGACGAUGUCAAUGAAGACCAAGCACAACUCAUAGAAAUCGAUGGGGAAGAAGGCGAUGGGGAAGAUCCGGCUCCACAUCGCAUGAGAACCCGAGCGCAAGCCCAGGCAGCUUCAGACAAUACCGUUGCAAGCAGAACAAGGUCAAUAACACCUGAUUCCAGCAACGACACCAAGGUUGAUCCCUAUUUCCUGGCACCACUAUCGGCCCAUGCGGAUCGUAACGUUGGCCUACCUCAACACGAAGCGGAGGAAACGCGGAGGUUACUGCAACUGUAUAUACAGAAGCAGGAAGAGGUUUGUCGAGGCGCUCAAAGGGUAUAUGAGGGGCUUUUGAAAGCUGAUCGAUAUCGGAAACUGGUAAUGAAAUGGGCAAAGGCUGAAGGGCAUGUUGGUCUCAAUCGUGACAUGUCGGAUGGGGAAGACUGGUACGACAAGGAAGAAUGGGGGUUGGAGGAGGAUCUUAAGAAGGGACAGGAUGAAGAAGAGGAAGAUGCUGCUACAACAGCUAAAAAGACGAGAGCUCGACGGCAGUAAAAGAUUUAGGUUGUGGUGCGUAACAAUGAGGCGCAACUUAUGGGAAGACGGUUUGACGAUAUCCAUGGCUCGGCGUAAUUCCAGCGAUGAGUCUGUGUUAUUUAAGCACAUGGAGGUGGUGAAAUGAAAAGACUCGUUUCUGAU